GUGAGGUAGUCGCGGACUCUUUUUCUCGCGUGGGUGAGGGGUGCUAGACGUGUGAACGGCGGGGAGUGAAUGUUGCCGUGCCGCUGAACGCGUAAUCGUCUCGUAAUCACAGAUAAGGCAAAUCUGUUAUGCGUGGGGUCCUCAAAAAUUAGAUCACUAUGAAAGGCUUAUAUUGGCAGCAGAAUUCUGAAAAAGAGAGAGAGUUCAUCUUCCUGGAAAAGGAUAGCCUUCCUAUUGUGAGUGACCACCAUGUGAAAGUGCAAGUUAAAGCCUGUGCUCUUAGCUGGAUUGAUAAAAAGCUUUUAUCAGAAAUAAAAAAAGAGAAGAAAGUUCUACCUGUUGGAAGGGAAAUUGCUGGUGUUGUGUUGGAAAUUGGAAAUAAAGUCUGUUCCUUUAAGACUCAAGAUGAGGUAGUAGGAAUUUUACCAUUGGAUUCAGAAGAAUCUGGAUUGUGUGAAGAGAUUCUGGUUCAUGAGCAUUAUUUAGUUCACAAACCUGAAAAAGUCUCCUGGAUGGAAUCAGCUGGGACUAUUUGUGACGGUCUUCGUGCAUAUACAGCUCUACAUUAUCUGUCCUAUGUUUCUGAUGGAAAAACCGUGUUGAUAAUGGAUGGUGCAAGUUCAUUUGGUAUAAUAGCUAUUCAGUUAGCACAACACAGAGGAGCCAAGGUGAUUUCUACUGUGUAUAAUCUUGAAGACAAACAGUGUCUUGAGAGGAUUGUUCCUUCUGUAGUUAGGAUUAUAGAUGUCUCGAAUGGAAAAUAUGACCUGACAGAAAGUUGUUUAGAGGAGACAGGUGGACUAGGAAUGGAUAUCAUCAUUGAUGCAGGAGUGAGACUGCAUAAUAAAGACAAUGAAACAACUUCUCAACAAUUGCUACCCCAUAAGCAUGACAUCAUUACAUUACUCAGUGCUGGAGGCCACUGGAUUACAACUGAAAAAAAUCUUCAGUUGGAUCCUCCAGAUUGUCGAUAUCUUUUCCUGAAAGGUGCUUCAGUUUCUUUUCUGAAUAAUGAAAUUUGGAAUUUGUCAAAUAUGCAACAAGGAAAAUAUCUAUGCAUUUUGGAAGAUGUAAUGGAGAAGUUAUCAAGCGGAGUUUUCAAACCUCAUCUGGAUAAGCCUGUACCAUUAUAUGAAGCUAAAGUUUCUAUGGAAUUAGUUCAGAAAAAUCAAGCAAGAAAAAAACAAGUUAUCCAACUAUGAAGUUUGUAAGGCAAUUUGAACUGUAAAAAGUGAAGGUUAAUGUAUUCUGCAUAGUUGUUAAAUAUUUAUCAAUUGUCUUCAGCCAAUAUCUGAAACAGUUCUUAACUGGUUUGAGUCUCUUAUAACCUUAGAUCUAAUUUAUGUAUCUAAAAACCAUAAGAUUUA